AUGGCGUCGCAAUCAGCAGUGAAUGACUUACACGACAACACGAUCGUAGGGGAGGUACCAAAACCGCAGGAACCAAAUGACAAUUCUGAAGAUUAUGAUUACGAAAACUCAGACUAUGAUUCAGACUCGGUAUCCGAAAUAAGCGCUAACAAGAAGGAAAAGUCAAGAAAACCGGGAGAUAAUGCGUUCAGACAGCAGCGGUUAAAGGCGUACAAUCCAGUGUUGACUGUUAAGACGGUCAUACCCAUAUUGAUAGGUAUCGCUAUUAUUUUUGCUCCGUUGGGAGCUGCUAUGUGGUAUGCAUCGCAUAAGGUUCAGGAUAUGUCGAUCGAUUAUUCACAAUGUGAGAAGAUGGCGUCGUCGGAUUACUGGCAAGAGAUUCCUGAAGAAUACAUCAAUUUCAACUUCAAAACGAAGGACAGAGACGUGUCGAAGCCUCUGUGGAAGUUAGCUACCAAUGAUUCAGAGCCAUUUGAAGACGAGAGAAAUGUAUGCAGAUUACAAUUUGAAAUUCCAAACGAUUUAGCGCCACCAAUAUACUUCUUUUACAGAUUGGAUAAGUUCUACGCCAAUCACCGUCGUUAUGCGAAGUCGUUCAGUGAAGACCAAAUCGAAGGAAAAGCGGCUUCAGUGGACACCAUUAAGAAUACGGUGGGGCAGAAUUGUGAACCCCUUUCGGUCAACCAUGAAGGUAAGAAGUAUUAUCCUUGCGGCUUGAUCGCCAAUAGUUUGUUUAACGAUACCUUUACAACUACAUUAAGUGGUGUCAACGGUACAUCUGAUGACUAUGAAAUGACAGACGAGGGAAUCGCGUGGGCCAGUGACAAAAAUAGAUUCAAAAAUACCGAAUACGACUAUACCGAUAUUGUUCCUCCUCCAAAUUGGUACAAGAAAUACCCUAAUGGCUACAAUAAAGACAACGUCCCCGACAUCUCUACGUGGUACCAAUUCCAAAACUGGAUGCAUACGUCUGGGUUACCUACAUUCAACAAGUUAGCCCUUCGUAAUGACGACGACACCUUAAAGACAGGCACGUACGAAGUGUCCAUCGGUUUACACUUCCCAGUCUUGCCUUACAAUGGUAAGAAAUUUAUUUACAUAUCCCAGAGAUCCGUCAUGGGUGGUAAAAAUGACUUCUUGGGAAUAAGUUGGAUGGUCGGUGGUGCUCUCUGCUUUGUGUUGGGUUUAGCAUUGUUGGUCGUUAAUACGAUUAAGCCAAGAAGAACUGGUGAUGUUAACUUACUUAGUUGGAAUAGAGAGCAAUUCGCCAAGGAUGAAAAAGAAGAAUCAUCGCUUACAAACUUUGAGAAAGAUUAA